UGUCCCGAUACUCCACGAUGAGUGUCUUCAGUGUCCUUUUCCUCUUGCUGGUCGCCUCCACUGUUCAGGCCAUCUUCCAUAAAAACUCUCCAACGGAUAGCAGCAAUCUAACCAUUGGAAACUUCAUCGAUUUCACCCAACUGUUGGGCAUCGAUUACGGUCGGCCGACGCUUCGCCGACGCUACGACUACGUGAUAGUCGGAGCCGGACCGGCGGGCAGUGUCCUGGCGGCUCGACUGACCGAAGAUCCGGCCGUCACGGUGCUGCUGCUAGAGGCUGGCCGGGCCGAGAUCCCGCUAGUGUCCGACGUACCGCUGGCAGCUCCGAACCUGCAGUCGACGGAUUACAACUUUGCGUACAAAUCGGAACCGCAGACACGUGGCUGCCUGGGGCUGUGGGAUCGCAAGUGUAGCUGGCCGCAUGGGCGCGGUAUCGGCGGUUCGUCCAUCAUCAACUACAUGAUCUACACGCGCGGCAAUCGGCGUGACUACGAUGCGUGGGCCGCGGCCGGAAACCCGGGCUGGAGCUGGGACGAGAUGCUGCCGUACCACAUCCGCUCGGAACGCGCGAACGUUCGAGACUUUGAUCGGAACGGAUUCCACGGUCGCAGCGGACCGCUGUCGGUAGAGGACUGUCCGUUUAGGUCAAAAAUAGCCACCACCUUCGUGGAGAGUGCACAGCGGGCGGGCUACCCUUACCUUGACUACAAUGCCGGCGACCAGCUCGGUGUGUCCUUCCUGCAGGCAAACACGCUGCAGGGCCGGCGCGUCACCAGCGGCAACGCGUACCUUUACCCAGCCCGGAAGCGUCCCAAUCUACACAUCCUGACCAGCGCUUGGGUAACCAGGGUGCUCAUUAAUAAAGCGACCAAAGAAGCUACCGGCGUGGUGUUUGUGCGCGACGGCAAAACGCAAUCGGUCGCCGCGCGCAAGGAGGUCAUCCUGUCGGCGGGCGCAUUCGAGAGCGCCAAGCUGCUGAUGCUGUCGGGCGUAGGUCCGGCGGACCAUCUGGCAUCGUUCCGCAUUCCGGUGGUGCAGAAUCUGCCCGUCGGCGAGCUGCUGUACGAGCAUCCGGGCGUGUUUGGGCCUGUGUUUAUCGUGCGCCAGCCGAUCGAUAACUACGUCAGCUUGGAUGAGAACAUCAACUUUAGCAACAUCGUGCAGUAUCUGAAGGGUCGCGGCGUGUUUACGACCAACUCGGUGGAGAGCUUGAUGUACGUAAAGUCGCCGGUCGCGGAAAGUCCCGAUCCGGGGCUGCCGGACGUGGAAAUUAUGCAAGCGUUCUCGUCGAUCGACUUCGACACGGGUACGGGUACGCCACGUGCAUUCCGGCUCACCAAUGCGACCUACGACGGCUACUUCCGACCGAUCAUGAACCAGCGCUCCUUCCAGUAUCUACCGAUGCUGAUGAAGCCGUACACGAAGGGCAAGCUGCGGCUACGGUCCACCAAUCCGUUCAACCAUCCGCUGUUCCAGUAUCGCUACUUCGAGGAUGAUCGCGAUAUUGAGGCGCUGGUGUACGGCAUGCAGGAGGCGAUUCGUGUCACCUCGCAGGAACCGUUCCGUCGGUUGGGCGUGGAGCUGUACCGCAAGCAGGUGCCGGGAUGUGAGCAGCACCCGUUCGGCACGCACCAGUACUGGCGCUGCCACGUCAUGACGCUGACGGCGACGUUCCACCAUCAGGUCGCGACCUGCAAGAUGGGUCCACCGAGCGAUCCGGAAGCGGUGGUCGAUCACGAGCUGCGGGUGUACGGUAUGCGGAGGCUGCGGGUCGUCGAUAUCGGCGUGGUUCCCUUCCCACCGACCGCACACACGGCGGCCGUCGCGUUCGUGAUCGGCGAGAAGGCAGCCGAUCUUGUGCGGGAUGCGGCCCGCAAGGAGGACUACAGAGUCCGCGAAAAGCACUCAUCCUUGCCGGUGCAGUCGGCUCGCUGGUCUCCGUUUGAAUGGCCAUUCAAAUAAACAAACAAAGAAGGACGCUGGUGACCUUUCGUCCGGAGCCCUUUUCACCACUUUAGGAAGCGUCAUUCAUGCCGAAUCCACGAUAAAUAAAGCCAUCCGCCGGCGAAAGGUCGUCGAGAAAGUGGCAGCCCCAUAAAUUUUUGGCCCGAUUAACACUGACCCCGUGCCGGUUCCAGCAAGUUCGAUAAAUCUUUCGAAACCUUUUUUUUUGUUGUGCGUAAAAUGCAAUUCGCUUCUGUCCGCUGCUGUUUCGCCGUGAACCGAUCCCGCAGCCCUAGUGUGCCCAUUCGUUUUGCGGUUUCGUAAUGCGAUCAAAAAUUAUGUUACAAUCUUCAUGUGCUCGCGCGGUAAUGUAAAAAAUCCACACCACAUACACCACCACACACACACACGCUCGGUGAGUUUGACCGAGCAGGCAGGUGGCUCUAGGGCGUAUAAAUGUACCGAAGCAUUAAAGCGAUCGGCAAGCGGAGGGGAGCAGAUAGGUUUUGGGCAGCAUUAUGCUCGGCCAGCAAGCGAUGCCCUGCAGCGGCCACUUGACGACAAUCUUCGUACGAGCUGUGUUUUUGCUACGCUAUUGGGGCAGCUCGGGCAGCAGGCGUCAACACGGGUUUGACUAAUCUACAACACGUUUGAGCGAUCCACCCAUGAGCUCCCGAGGGUAGAGCGAUGGGAAUCGGCAUUGGAGGUGCUUCAGGGUUUUUGUGUUCAAGUUAGCGUUAAGUGUUUCAGUUUAGAUUUAAGUAAUAUUUUCAUUUUACUUUUAUUUCACAUUCUCUUUACUGCCAUUUAGUUUUGUUUGAAGUUUGUUUUCAAUUAUGAUGUCUUCGUUAUCAUAUAAAAUAGUACAUACAGUUUUACAAGUACAACGACUACCAACGAUAUGCAAUUUUAAUUAUACUCAAUUUAGACAAGGGCAAAUAAUCGUGUGCAUAUUCACAAAAAGGAUUGCAUUUAGUUAGUAAGUUAGCAGACAAUGAAUGGUACAGGAAUUUAAUCGUAAGGACACACUAAUCAAAAAAUGUAAAUAAACCAUCUAACCUAUCGAUAA